CAGGCCUAGGACUGUUAGGAGGAAAGAGGCAAGUGAACCCAAAAAACAGAAAAAACUCUCCAAAAGGGGGUUGAAAUGACAUGCAGCAAGUGUCAUACCCCAGGUCAUAAUAAAAGGAGAUGUCUUAGAGAGCCUACAACUGCUGGCCCAAGUGCAAGUGCUUCUGCUGGCCCAAGUUCAGUUCCUGGCCCAAGUUCAGGUUCUGGCCCAAGAAAGGCACCUGCUCCAAGUGGUAGAGGAAGGGGUAGGCCAAAGGGAUCAACUGAAAAGACUGUGGCUACUAAAAGGCCAAAGAUGGUUGGAAUGGGAGUCUUGCACACACAAAGUGGAGCAACUAUCAUCAAUCCUGGAUUGCCUAGUGAAAGGGUUAGAAACAUCAAAUCAAGUGCAGUUGUCACUGGUGAACUGCAGCACAAAGCAAGUGGUGGUGUGAAAUCGCAAGGAAGGGACAAAAAACAGAGUCAAACCAGGACUAAAGCUGUACAAAUGAGCCAAGGCAGCACCACUGCCGUGUGA